UCGGCUCAUUUGCUCUGCUGAGCAUUGGGAUCUGGUUGUGCCGAUUGAGAAGAGGCUUUGUAAUUUUGUUGUGUUUUGUAUUGCUUUGUUUGUAUCGUUGUCAAUACGCUUUGAUUUCAGGUUAUGUAGUUUAUUGAUGUAGACAAUCGUCUACAUUAUCCUAUACAGUAUGUAUAAAUAAUUCAAUAUCCGCAAAUCUGAACUAUAAGAUUUGUGAGAUGAGCUUACGUACAUAAAGUGGUUUUAAAUUGUGUAACCUGAACACCCUACGAACGGUUCGAGAAAGAUGGACCUGUACAAAGAAAGUGCAUCUAAUUUAGAAAAAUGUCAUAUAAAUGAUUUACCUGAUGAAAUAAUUGAAUACAUUUUAAGCCUCUUAAGACCAUAUGACGACUUGAAAAAGUGCAUGUUGGUGAGCAAGAGAUGGAAUAAAAACGCUCUUCAUGUGUUUCUUCAUACAAAGAAUAAUUUCAACCGAUGCCUCACCAAUUUCAACAUAAAAUGGGAGCAUUACACUCCACCAGACAAGGGAUAUGGUAUUACAAAACGUUACUCCCAUUCUGCCUGCAGCUAUGGAAACUCCAUGUACGUGUUCGGUGGAUGCACAUGUACAAGUACGACCUUCAAUGACCUCUGGCAACUUGAUCUGUCUUCGAGGAAGUGGAACCGUCUGCUCACGAUGGGCACUUACCCCACCCCGAAAGCUCUGGCAACCAUUGUUUACUAUGAGGGUCUCCUGGUAUUGUUUGGUGGUUGGACCCAUCCUACACCCUUUCCAUUACAUCAGGCUUGGAGAACAUUCAAUGAACUCCAUAUGUAUGAUAUAAAUGAGAACCGAUGGAGUUGUGUGAUGACGCCCACUCUCUCCCCGCCGUCGAUGGCUGGCCACUCUGCUACUGUUCACAAAGACCAAAUGGUGGUGUUUGGCGGAAUCUGCGGACAAAUGGUGACUGGCAGUGCCAACAACAUCUGGUGCUUCAAUUUCCUCACACAGAGUUGGAGGAAUCAAGAAACGACAGAGCCGAAACCUAUUCCACGAUAUAACCAGUCACAAAUUGCAAUUGAUGAUGAUCACUUGCUCAUUAUAGGCGGUUGUGGUGGCAGACCCAGUGUCCUCCUCAACGAUGUCUGGCUGCUCAUCAUGCAGGGAAACGUGUGGCAGUGGGUUGCCAUCACUGUGGAGAACCCGCAGUGGGGUACCUCGCACCCCUCCAAUGGCCAGCUGUGGUGUCACCCUGCCUGCAAGAGUGGGACAAAUGUUAUUGCAAUCGGCAGAAAUCCCACAUCAACAUUUCCAACGUUUUCCUUGGCAAAGUGGAAUCCUGCACCAACGAGGCCUCCUUCUGACGACAGUUUACCAAGGAGAGCAUCUGAUGGAUGCACGACUCCGCGGAUAGACAGAGAUGUAAAUGUGAAUGGGCGAAGAGGAAGUCUGACUCCCAGAAAUGGACAAGCUUCUGCAGAACCCAGUGGGUCGAACACGGCUCCAGCACCGUCCCACAGUCAUGACCCGGAUGUCGACAAGGCUGAAGCGAGAGAGGUCGCAAACUGCAGUCCUGCCCAAAGAGUUCCUGAUGCAAAAAUAAACCCAAUUGAAAGAAAUAGGUCACCUUUCAGCAGUAAUCGAAAUAUAAAUUUACCGACAAACAACAAUAUGGCAGCAUUUAGAUCGACACCGUCAAACAGCGGCAACAAACAUCGAGAGAGGCAACUGGAAGUACUCCACAGGAUGGAAGAGCGGCUGCGCAAUUUGUCUCGAAAUCCUCAGCCUAAGCCUAAGGCCGUUCCGAUACCACCUCCCGUAGUCAGGCAGUCCCCACCGAAAAUGGCGAUGUUUGUGAUGGACAUCAGUACUGUUUUAACGGACCACUGCGUCAGGUGGUUGCCGAUAAAGAGUGUAGCACCCGGAGGGCCCGAACACACGAUCCUGUACUCUCUUGUGUCCGGCCAGGGAGAAAUCAUCAUGUUUGGUGGAAUUCAGAAGGAUGUUUCCCUGUUUAGCAUUGAAGAGGCCUCUCUAAAUGUUAUCAACACAGUGACAAAUACAGUGCACUUCAUAACAGCCCCUCAGACUGUGAUUUAAUAGUGGUUUUAAUCCGAAUAUUGUCACUUGUUGUAAUCAAAUUCAUGUUGGUAUUGUAUUUUUUUUUACCUUUUCAAACAUACAGUUAUGUUGCAUCAUUUUUGUGUCAUUUUCAGUAAGGUAAACUACUUAUUGUUGAUUUUUCAAACUAGUUAUUUUAGUUUAAGUUUCAGUUUAAAAAUCAAGCAAUUUUAACUAGAUUUUAAGAAUAAGUUUAUUUUAGUGGAAUAUUGAAAGAUAACAUUACAUUUUUAAAAAGUAUUGUAAUUAAAAAUGCUUGUUAUAAAAAAAUUAAAAUUGAUCAAUUGUAUAAGAAAUGUGUUUUAUAGGUACAUUUAUGUAAUCAAGCAGAAUGUAUCCCGGUGAUUACAGUAUUAUUUUAAAUCAAUAUCAAUCUACAGUCUUUUUAUUAAUGUGCUAAUAUUUAAUGUUUACCAUUUAAUUAAAUACUUCAUUUUAUCAGUUUAGUAAUUAAUGAUAAUUUACUUUGACAUCAGUUAAAUUGCAACGUUAAAAUAUUACAGAUGUCAAAAGGACUUUUGAAAAAGAAAUGUAUUUUUGCAUCUAUUACUCAUUAACCCUUUUAGGAUCAUAACUUUUCUAUAUCAAUUAGAAUGACUAGUUUUUAAUUUCAACACUAAUAGAGAUAUUCAAAUGAUUUUUCAAAGACAUUUAUUUUCAUAAACUAGAGAAAAUGUAUGAAAUAAGUACUAUGGUUUUUCAGAUAAAAAAUGUUUACUGACCCAUGAACAAUAUUUUUUGUCAGUAAGAGAUUUAAUUUUUGUUUUGUACAAAUUUGAAAAAUCUAAAAGACUUGGAAUUAGAUUUCACACAUAUAUUUCUAUAUGGUUACUUGUUAAGGAAUUGGAAGUUAUUUUCACAAUUUUUAUAAAAAUAAAUUAAAAUAUGAGAAAAUUAACAACAGUAAACAUCUAAAAUAAAAUUGUGCAUCAAUAACAAAAAUAAUACCAUAGGCAUUGAUUGACUUUUUUAUCUUUGUUCAAUGUCUUAAUUUAAUAAUUAAAAUUUAGUCUAAACACACUAAACAGUAACAUAAACAACAUACUAUUUUGGGUAUAAUUUGGAAAAAAGCGAGAACUUCCAGUUGCGGUAAACAAGCUCUCUCAAUAUCAUUUUUUUCUCAUGGUGUUAAUCUAAUGCAGAACACAAUAAUUCAGUACAAAUACCUAAACUCUGACUCAAAUAUACAAAAAUAAACGUCAUGUAGCUGGCUCUCGGAUAUCAGGAGACAAGAAGCAAGUGUUACUGGAUAUCAUGAAAAUGUAUGGUGCAAAUUCUGCAAUUUCUUCUUUCUUACACUUUUGCAGAUUGAAUCAUUACUGAAUUCCAAGACAUUUAAUAGGGUCAAAAUUUACAUGAAUAAAAGGAAUUUAUUAACUUUUUAUAACCUAAAGACAAACUUCCGAUAUGUGACUAGUUGGUGUAUUAGAAUUUUAGAAUAAUAGUAUAUAAUUUGUUAAUCCUGAAAGGGUUAAUGUACCUGAAAUUUAAAAGAAUUUUGUAACUUCUCUACUUAAUUUAAGUAAUUUCCUUGGCAUUACACUAUUUUGGAUUUUAUUAAAUAGGCUGUUAUAUCAUAAUAUUUCAUGUUGAGGAGUAUCGGCUUGAUGUAUUAUUUGUCUAGUAAACAAGUUUAAGAUAAAAAUUAUAUUGCAGUUAUUAAGAGUGUAAAAAAUGUAAACAAUCAAGUAAAAAUAAAAUAAUAAAUAUAUUGAUAA